AUGCCUGGUGGAAAGGGAAAGUCGAUCGGUGGAAAGGGUGGUUCCAAGGACUCUGCGGGGAAGGCCCAGAAGUCUCACAGCGCAAAAGCUGGUCUGCAGUUCCCCUGCGGUCGUGUCAAGCGUUUCUUGAAGAACAACACUCAGAACAAGAUGCGUGUGGGUGCUAAGGCCGCCGUCUAUGUGACAGCUGUUCUGGAAUACUUGACUGCCGAAGUGCUGGAACUUGCUGGCAACGCCGCCAAGGAUUUGAAGGUCAAGCGUAUCACCCCCCGUCACCUGCAACUCGCUAUCCGUGGUGACGAAGAGCUGGAUACCCUCAUCCGCGCCACUAUCGCCUUCGGUGGUGUCUUGCCUCGUAUCAACCGUGCCCUGCUCUUGAAGGUGGAGCAGAAGAAGAAGGGAAAGCCUGAGCUGUAA